AUGUGGGUCUCUCAGGUGCCCUGGCCGCUCCUCUGGGUAGUCCUGCAGCUGGGAUGGAGGCCCGCAUGGCUCCUAGAGCCCCCCAACAGGUCCUGCAGCCCUUCCUUCUCCCCAGCACGACUCUCAGUACCUGAGGGUGCCAAUGCCACCUUCACCUGCACUUUCUCCAACUCAUCAGAGCACUUUGUGCUGAACUGGUACCGGCUGAGCCCCAGCAACCAGACCGAUAAACUGGCUGCCUUUCCCAGGGACAGCACCCUGGACCCUCGCUUCCAGGUGGCCCAGCUUCCAGACGGUCACAGCUUCCAGAUGAGUGUCCUCUCCGUGCAGCGAAAUGAUAGUGGUAUCUACCUGUGUGGGGCCAUUUCGCUUCGGCCCAAGGCAGAAAUCAAGGAAAGCUGCCGGGCAGAGCUCACAGUGACAGAGAGAGUCCUGGAGCUCCCCACAGCGCACCCCAGUCCCUCACCCACGCCGGUGGGCCACCUUCAAGGCCUGGUUGUUGGGGUCAUGAGUGUCCUAGUGGGUGUCCCGGUGCUGCUGCUGCUGGCCUGGGUCCUUGCUGCUGUAUUCUCCAGGACUGUACCGGAGACCGAAGGAGCUGAGAGGAAGGCGCAGCCCCUGAAGGAAGACCCCUCAGCAGUGCCCAUCUUCACCAUGGACUAUGGGGUGCUGGACUUCCAGGGACGAGAGAAGACCCCAGAGGCCCCUGCCUCCUCAGUGCACACAGAGUAUGCCACCAUUGUCUUCCCUGAAGUGCUAGGUGCCUCUUCUCUAGGCUACAGGAGCUCAGCUGGUGACUUCCAGGGUCUCCAGCCUUCAAGGCAGCAAGACGGACACUGCUCCUGGCCCCUCUGAUCAACUUCCUCAGACCCCCACAUCCUGCAUCCCCCAGAUUUAGGGUAUGCGAGGUGCUGGGUUAUGACAGCUUUGCUCCUAUGCCAGACCCACUCAGGACUCACCAUCAGCUGGGUUAAUCACAUCCCUCUUCCUGGCAUGGAGGGUGGGCACAGUCAUGGUGCCAACAUGGUUAGAACAGAGCUGGCUGGGCCUGUGCUCUCCCUCAUGUACAGCUCUCCUGUGUACAGUUGUACAUGGUCAGGGACUCGGGCACUAUCCCUGUGGGUUACAGGGAUUUUGGCUGGAGACUGCCUGGACACUGCCCAUGGCAAGAGGAUCCCAGCAUGAGGCAAGCACAAUGACUUGGAGUGUCCACAACUCAACUCUGUUGGGUUGGGGCAAUGUCACAUGGGAGGGACCCAGGAAUCUCCAGACCCAUCCAGGCUUGGAAAAGUUUUCAUAAAAGAAAGCUGCAGAGAGCAGGAGGAGGCACCAGCACCCUCACCCAUCUGCAGGAGUCAACUUGACCUUCACACCUGCCUGGGAAGCUCCUCAGGCCUCUCUACAGAGGGAACCCAAGGCAUGUGUGGAAUAGUUAAACCCAACCCCACCUGCUUCCAAGGACACACCUCAGCCCAGCCCUGCCUA